AUGCCAAUAUAUGCAAAGUUUCUUAAAGAAUUGAUCACCAAGAAGAGAAGCUGGCAGGAGAAAAAAACCGUGGUUCUUACUCAAGAGUGUAGUGCCAUCAUUCAAAGGGGACUUCCACCAAAACUCAAAGACCCAGGCAACUUCCUCAUACCAUGCACGAUUGGGAACAUGGCCAUUGACAAAUCACUUUGUGACCUGGGAGCAAGCAUUAACUUAAUGCCCCUUGCCAUGAUGAAGAAAUUGAUGAUAGAAGAGAUUAAACCUACAAGAAUGUCACUACAACUUGCUGACAGAUCUCUCAAAAUACCAAAUGGGGUAGUAGAAAACCUCCUGGUGAAAGUGGGAAAUUUCAUAUUCCCAGCCGACUUUGUAGUUUUGGACAUGGAUGAAGAGGGAAGCAACUCAGUCAUCCUUGGUAGACCAUUUCUGGCAACUGCUAGAACAAUCAUUGAUGUAGAGAAAGGGGAGAUGAUCUUCAGAGUACAUGAUGAACAAAUGACCAUAAAUGUCUUCAAGGCAAUGCAAUACCCUGCUGAGAAAGAGAUUUGCAUGAGGAUUAAUGUGGUGGACUCCUUGGUUGAAGAAAUAUUUGAAGCAAACCAUCAAGUGAGUCAAGAGGAAGUUCAAGAUAAACAAGAGCAAGAGGUGGAAGAAAUGCAAGUACCAAAAGAACCAAGUGAAACUAAGAAAGAGGAGGCGCCACAACAAGACUUGAAACCACUACUCCCCAUCUUAAAUAUGCAUUCCUUAGUGAGAAGGACAAUUUUUCAGUGA